AUGCAUUUACAGGAGACCAUCUGUAUCUGGGUCCGAGACCCCAAAGUACAGAAAGAAGACUGGCACUCUUAUCUGGAUUAUGAAAUCUGCAUUCAUACGAACAGUAUGUGCUUCACCAGAAAAAACUCACGAGUCAGAAGGAGGUUUAGAGAAUUUGUGUGGCUACGUCAGAGGCUUCAGAGCAAUGCAGUGUUAAUAGAUCUGCCAGAAUUGCCAUCUAAAACCCCAUUCUUCAACAUCAGUAAUGCGCAGACUGUGGAACAGCGCAUCCGUGGUUUACAGGAGUUCUUGAAUAAGGUGGUACAGUGCCCGCUAUUACUCUCAGACAGCCGACUUCACCUUUUCUUACAAACUCAGCUCACUCCAGAGGAAAUGGAAGCCUGUGUAUCCGCCAGACCACAUACUCGGUGGCUGAAGCUAUCCACAAAUUUGCCAAAUCAAACCGGCGGUUUUCCUGAAGAGGAGGAAGAACAAACAAGUUGUAACGUGACUCCUGAGAGUUCAUCUGUGCUCGCAUACCCAAAUGAUGCCAGUCUUCUACGAGGCUGCAAACCCAGUGCAGAACAAGGAGAGGCAUGGACAACUGCCUUGGCUCCAUCACCUUCAAAGUAG